AUGCCAAAUAUAAUUAACGAAGUUAAAUUAGACUUCAAGGAUGUGUUGUUGAGACCUAAAAGAAGCACAUUGAACAGUCGGAAUGAUGUAGAUCUAUUCCGGGAGAUAACAUUCCGUAACUCCGGUCAGACGUACCGUGGUGUACCUGUGAUGGCCAGCAACAUGGACACAGUGGGGACAUUUGAAAUGGCGCAGGAGUUGUCCAAGCAUGGACUAUUCACAUGCAUACACAAAUACUACAGCCUGGAGCAGUGGAAAAAAUUCGCACAAGAUAACCCGAAAUGUUUAGAACAAAUGGCUGCAAGUUCUGGCACAGCAGAAGCUGACUUCGAUCGCCUAUCCGAGAUUUUAAAUAACGUCCCAGAAUUAAAAUUCGUCUGCUUGGAUGUGGCGAAUGGUUAUUCACAGCACUUCGUAGAAUAUGUCCGACGGGUUCGGGCUGGCUUUCCCAAACAUACAAUCAUAGCUGGCAAUGUAGUAACUGGAGAAAUGGUUGAAGAACUCAUUCUAUCUGGGGCUGAUAUUAUAAAGGUCGGAAUAGGCCCAGGGUCAGUAUGCACUACACGAAUUAAGACGGGUGUGGGAUACCCGCAGCUGUCAGCCGUCAUUGAAUGCGCCGACGCAGCACAUGGACUAAAGGGUCAUAUCAUUUCGGAUGGUGGUUGCACCUGCCCCGGCGAUGUUGCGAAGGCAUUCGGCGCUGGUGCAGACUUUGUCAUGGCCGGUGGGAUGUUCGCCGGUCACGAUCAAUGUGGUGGAGAUGUAGUCACAAAGCCAGACGGAAAGAAAGUCAAGUUGUUCUAUGGGAUGUCUUCUUCGACAGCCAUGUUGAAACAUUCUGGUGGCGUUGCUGAGUAUCGUUCUUCGGAAGGUAAAACAGUAGAAGUGGAAUACAGAGGAGAUGUAGCGGUCACCGUAAAAGACAUUUUAGGUGGUCUAAGAUCGACGUGUACUUAUGUCGGAGCGGCGAAAUUAAGAGAACUGCCCCGACGAGCCACCUUCAUCAGAUGCUGCAGACAAGUGAACGACACUUUCUCGUAA